AAUAAACAACUGGGUACUUCUAAACUAUUUACAAAAGAAAAUCGUACUCACAACCAAAAUUAGAAAUGAUGGAUGUCUUUUUAAUGAUUCGGCGAAAAAAGUUAACCAUCUUCACAGACGCCAAAGAUACUACGACUGUUCUAGAGUUGAAGAAAAUGAUAGAAGGGAUACUAAAGGUGCCUCCACCAAGUCAGAUGUUGUUCAACAAGGACAGCCAGCUGAUGGAGGAUGAGAAAACUCUUGCGGAAUAUGGACUGACAUCGGCCACAGCUAAAGCUCAAUCACCCGCACCCAUCGGACUGGCAUUAAGGAAAGAAAAUGGCGAAUUUGAAGCAUUGGAUUUGACCCCAUACUCAGCACCACCGGACCUGCCUGAUGUAAUGAAGUCACAGGAGACUAACGGUCAAGAACAGAUGGAUCAACACUAAAGAACUCGGCAACUUCUGGACUACGACACUAACAUCUCGGUAUCGACUGUACUGUAAGGUUUGCGAAGGCCCGGCGCGGGCGCACGCGACGCGCUCAUUCGAUACAUCAACAUAUUUUGUUAAUGUUUUAUCAAUUAAUUUGUGUUCCAUUUUAACACUAUUCUACACAGUUUUUAGUAUUUUUGUGAAGCUUGGACGUAUGUUGUGCUUUUUUUAGUGUAUUGACAGAAUUUUUAACAGGUAACAUUAUCGCGGUUGGAUGUGAUAAAUUUUAGCGUAUUUUGAGUAGAUAUUGGAAGUAUAUUCAGCAAUAUGGAUUAUAGAUACUACAAUAU